AUGGAAACAAGUUUUGAAGCUUUGAACAGUACCAAGUACUACGAAGCUGACCAAUUAUUGGAAAAUUUAUCGAUUAAGGAGACUGCAGGAGAAUCACUCGAAUGUAAACAAGAAAUCAAUUCGAACGGUUUGUUUGAUUUCAUUAUCUACGGUGUGCUAGUAAACCUAGUUGGUGUUUUUGGGAUAUUCGGUAAUGCCAUCUCAAUGAUUAUUCUGUCAAGACCACAAAUGAAAUCGUCGAUUAAUUACUUGUUAAUCGGCUUAGCCAGAUGCGACACCAUAUUAAUUGUCUUUUCGAUAUUAAUUUAUGGUUUACCUGCAAUUUACGCGUAUACUGGCCUGCUAUUCGACUACAAGUUCAUUGUGUAUCCAAAGAUUGUUCAAUUCUUGUAUCCAUUAUCAUGCAUGGCGCAAAUCGCAACAGUGUAUUUGACUCUGACCGUGACGCUAGAGAGAUAUAUCGCAGUAUGUCAUCCUUUAAGAGCUAGGUCUUUUUGUACAUAUGGACGAGCUCGGCUAGCUGUAUUGAUUAUCGUGAUGUUUUCCUUUAUUUACAAUCUACCAAAAUUUUGGGAGGUAGAUUAUUAUACAGAAAUUCAUUGGAAAUAUAAUGUUACUAUAUACUGCUUACGUUCGGCAGGCUUGAGAAGCAACAACUUAUAUGUCACCCUUUACGUCCACUGGAUGUAUUUUUUUAUUUGCUAUCUUUUUCCUUUCCUUGCUUUGGUGAUAUUCAACGCAGCCAUCUACCAAAGG